CAGGGAGAUGGGCGCCGGGGCCGGGCCGGCAGUCCUGGGGCUGGUGGCGCUGCUGGCGCUCUGGCCCUGCGCCAAGGCGGGCUGCGCGGAAGAAGGGCGCUGCUGCCCGGGCCGGGACCCGACGUGCGCGAGCACGGGCUGGCGCCUGAGUCGAGCCUACGGGACCUGCUUCUGCGACGCGGCGUGCAAGCGGACCGGCGACUGCUGCUACGACUACGCCCAGGCGUGCCCAGCGCUACCAUGCAUUGUUGGAGAAUGGACUCCCUGGAGUGGCUGUCCUGAGCAGUGUAAACCUAACUUCCGAAUGAGAACACGCGUCAUACAGCAGGAACCAAAAAAUGGUGGUGAUCCUUGCCCUCCAUUAGAAGAAAAAGCUGGUUGUAUGGAAUAUACUAAUUAUCAAGGUCAAGAUUGUGCAAAUGAACAUGUUCCUGCUUUCAUAACUACUUCUGAAUAUAAUAAAGAGAGGCAAAAACAAGCUGUGCAUCCAAGGUGGUCUUCAGUAACAGAGGAUUCCAGGAGCUACUGUGUAGAGUUCAGAACAGAAACAUUGUCUCCUCGUUGUUCUGUGGAAAAUCGCCCCUAUGCUCGAUGGAUGCAGUAUCUGCGAGAAGGAUAUACCGUGUGUGUAACAUGCCAGUCUCCAGCUAUGCAUACUGGUACUCAUAGAUGUUCUGGAGAUGGUGGUCAUGCAGAUGGGAACAAAGUUCUUCAGUGGCAGGCAGUCGGCAAUCCUUUGUGCCAUGGAACAUGGAAAAAAGUUCAGCAGAUGGAAGAAUGUUCAUGCCCUCUUGUACAUAGCUUUAUUUUUACGUAAUAUUUUGAAUAUACACUUAUCAAUAUCUUUAACUGAUGUGGAAAUUAUGCUGUUGUUGUGCUUGUGUUAACUCUGUUUAGGAUUGCUUUUGAACAAAGCAAGUCAAGAUUUUGGCAUAAUUCUUGGUGCUUUUUUCUGCAGAAAUCAGAAUAGAACUCAAUUGUAACAUGGUACAGAUAAUUUUAUUUCUGCAGUGACAUUUUCAACUUUUGCAUAUUCCACUGGCAGCGGUGCUUGUAAAAGUCUCAAUUAAAUGGAAGAAAUUUAGGCAUGUAUUUGUAACCAUUUUAGAAGACACUAGUGCAUCCCACAGCAGACACAUGCUUUACUGCAACCACACCAUAUGGCCCUUGAGAGAGAUUUGACCGAAGCCUAUCUGCCUAUGCGGUAGCAUAGUGGUUAAGUAAUUGGGCUCCAAGCCAGCAUUCUGCUGGUUUGACUCCCACUGCUGCUAUGAAUUCUUCAGGUGGCCUUGGGUAAGCCACUCCUCUCAUCCCCAGCUGUAUUGUGGAGAUAAUAACAUUGACUGCUGGCUCUCUUUCAAAACUAUGCUUCCUGGCUAACGUUGUGUCUCCCAACACAUGAAGAACACGUUUCAGAUGUCUUGUGUAGAGAAGCUGUGGUUGUGGCACCAACCUUUCCAGAAGAGCAGUAUAUAAGCACACAGUUAUUACGAACUAAUGAUGGUCAGUCUUUAUAGGAGGAAUAGGGCCAGUCACCCAUAUACAGCUGCAGUGCAGCAGAAGUAAGUUGUCACUGUGUAGCAUCUGGUCAUUAAGUCUAUUCAAAACUAUUAUAUAACAGAUAUUGCUUUGGAAAUACUAUGAAGUAUUCUGAGGAGACUUUACCACUGCAUAGCAAAGGUGUUUAAAACUGCUUUCCCACUCCAUCUGUAAUGCUCCGGCUCUGCACAUCCAGACUGGUUUCAUCAAACAUUUCUGUGAUUGAUAGGGCUCGAGUCCUUCUCUGAACAUUUAAACCUGCAAUGAUGCCUUUAAAAGUAUUUGGAUGAAUACAAAAGAACCUUUUAUUGGACUAUUUAUUUUUUUGUUCCACUUACCAAGAAAUAAGUUAGGGUGGCCUGUAAGAGAAUCAAUUCCUAGAAAGUUUAGAAGUUUGACAGUGAAGACCACAUCUACUACAGACCAGAGAUUUUCAACAGUUAAGCCAACUCUAUAGGAACAAAUGUACUGGAGACAACUCCUGAACAAUUUAAAGAGCACUCCUCCCCGCAAAACCCAAACAGUCCUCUUUAACUUGGCACUUACAACACUUAAUUGUUUUCUGAAGUGGUUAGCUGAGAUCCUAAUUUAGAGGAGAAAAUUAACCUAAUUAUGAGAGCAUUGGAAUUCUCCGCUCACGUAUUAAAAGCAGUACAUUGUAGAUAACCAACUGAAAACAGUAUCACUGCUAUGCUUCUUUUCAGUGGAGCCACGGUAGAUGUAAACAUGUCCAGUAAAGACACUUCAAGAAAGCAAGAUGUUACACUAGCAAUAAAAAACGUGCCAACAACCCUUUCGUAUACAUGGAGGUUGCUGUAGAAAAACAGUUGAAAAUCCUCUCUGGUGCUUAGAAGA